GUUGUGCGGUCCGACUAUCGGUUUAUUUCAGCGCAUUUGCACGUCUGUGCGAAAGUCAGAAUAAAACUGAAACUGAAACUGAAACAGAAAUUUCAAUUAGUGCACAUAAAUUAGCAAAAAUCAAUGGCAUAGGCAAAAAUAAAUAUAAAAAAUUAUAACACAAGACAAUAAACAUAUGAGCCGCAAUCAAGUGACCUGGUCCAAUUCGGAAAUUCAUGCCAGUGGUGCAAUGUCUCUAAAAUGCUGCAGUUGCACAAACCAAUAAAUUGGGCGCACAACUUAGCUUCAGCUCCACUCCAGACUUCGAAUCAGUUGCGUUUGGGCUGCGGGCAGAAUGACGACGACUGCCAUGGCGGCAGGUGCACCGAAUGGCGUCACUGAUCUGGCCGGCACAACAGCAGCGAAUCAAUAUGUGGAGGACAUCGAGUGUUUGCGCAAACUGUUUCGAUCGAAGAAUCUAACAAAGUUCAGCAUCGGCCACAUCUCGUGCAGCGCGGGCAGCAGCAGCGGCGACAACUACAUGUCCUUGGUGAAGCGGGUGACAAUCCAUGAUGCGGCUGCUGCUGAGAGCGCGACUGCAACUGCCAGCUGCUCAGUCAUCAUCAAGCGUCAGAUUGCGAGCAUCUCGCGUCGGCAGCUUUACCGUUGCGGCGAGGCGUUCACAAACGAGAUCAACGUGUAUCAGCAUGUGGUGCCGCUGCUCUGCCGCUACAGCCAGCAGCCGCUGUUUCCGCAGUGCCACAUUGCAUCGCAUACGGAUGGCAGUCCGAGUGGCGAGCCCAUUAUCGUGCUGCAGGACCUCAAGGCGCUGGGCUUCCGCAUGAUGAACCGCUUGGCCGGUCUCGACUUGCGGCACUGCCUGCUCGUGAUGAAGAAACUGGCGCAGUUGCAUGCAGCUUCGCUGGCCGCACAGCAUCUGGAAGCUGCCCACUUCGCUGAGCAGUGCGCGCACAUGAGCGAGAUUGUCUACUGCCCGGAUGCCGCCGACUUCUAUUCGCGCAUACUGGACACAUCGGUGCAGCAGGCGCUGGACAGCCUGAACGCCUCGAAUGCGGACGGCUAUCUCUCGGCGCCCAUACGUCUCAUCGAGCAGCUGCAGCCGAAGCUGUUCGGCCAGCUCCACCAGAGCAUCAAUGCGGCUGCCGCAACGCCGCUCAGCGUAAUCUGCCACGGCGACCUCUGGCUAAACAAUCUAAUGUUUCGCUCACAGCCCGAGGAGGUAAUCUUCUUCGAUCUGCAAGCCAUGCGACGCACCUCUCCCGUGUUUGAUCUAUUGCACUUCAUAUAUACCAGCACGCACCGCCAGCUCCGCGACGUGCAUACGGACACGUUGCUGGCUGCCUACGCAGAGGCGCUCCGCAAGGAGCUUGGCCAGCAGCUACGUCAUACGCCAGCGGCCAACCAGCUGGCAGACCUCUGUGAGAUCUUUUCCUUGCAACGCCUCAGCGAGGACUACGUGCGUCACGUGCACUACGGUUUGGCCAUAUCCAUGUGGAUAUUGCCUGCCGUCACCUUUGAUCCCAACAAUAUACCCGACCUGGAUGUGAUAAGUGAGCUGAACCUGAAUGGAAAAGAGAUUAACUGUACGCAGAAGCUGACGCCCGAGUAUCAUCUGCGCAUCAGAGAUUUGGCCCUGGAGUUCUACGAGCAUGGCUACCUGGGCGUGUGAUUAGGUGCACCACUAGUAGUUAUUAUACCCUUUAAGCCAAGUUGUUUUCAUCUCAAUAAACGAACACAAGCGAUUCCCCUGACUCCACUUUCUUAUUGUUAUCUCAGUGCGAUGUAGUUGAUCAAGAGAUUUAGCAGUUAAAAAGGGACAAUUGCAGCAUUUGUUGCUUCCUUUAUUACCAAUGAUUCCUCACUAUUGUAGCUUAAACGAAUUUUGUUGAUAAGUGUUCUGUGUUGGCUGGUCGUUGGUAAUUAUAAUAAAAAA